AUGGCUUUAGCUAUCUCUCAUGAAGAUACACAAAUAUUAUUAAAAGAUAAAAACGUGUUAGUUGAAUCUACCUUGGAUAAAUAUAGAACUGCGGGUCAAAUUACUCAAACUGCUUUAAGAUAUUUAAUUAAUUUAAUCAAUGACUCAUACCACUAUAAAAAAACUGAUACUCCUUUAACUAUUUCUCAAUUGUGUUUUUUAACAGAUAGUUUUAUAAAUCAAACAUUGGAAAGCUUUUAUAAAAAUAAAGUUAACGAAAGAGGAAUUUCUCACCCAACUACUAUCGAUGUUGAUGAAUUAACUAAUGGCUGGAGUCCAGAAUUAGAUGAUCCAGUUUUCUUGACUAAUAAAAAUAAGUUAUAUACCGAAAAUUUUAAAUCCAAUGGUAUAAAAAGGUGCGUUGAAGAUAUUUUGCAAUAUGGAGAUAUAGUCAAAUUAACUGUAGGCUGUCAUAUAGACGGCUAUACAUCCCAGGUCUCUCAUACUAUUGUUAUCUCACCAACAACUAUAGAACAAGAAAAUAUAAAACCUCAGGGCCCAUUGUUGGGUGGAAAAGCAGAUGCAAUUGCUGCUGCUCAUAUUGCUACAGAGUCUUUAGUGACUUUGUUAGGUUGUGCAUUACAUCCAGAAAAAUUACCUUCAACUUUGCAUCACACCAAAGUCACUGGCAGUUUAAUAAGAACCAUAGUCGAUACUAUUGUUUCUAUGUACAAUUGCUCCAUUGUACCAGGAUCUAAAAUCCGUCGUAUUAGAAGAUUUUUAGCUGGUCAAAAUGAAGGUGUUGUUGCUGAAAGAGAGUUUAAAGGAUGCGUAUGGUACGAAGCCAACCAGGAGGCUCGAAUUUUACAAGAGAUUAAUAAAAAUAACAGCAAUGAAUUGCUUUUAAAAUCUAAUGCAGCAAGAUCUAUCGAUGACAACUCUGCAGUUCCAACUGAUGACUUUGUUGUUGCACCCGGUGAAGUUUAUUUAAUUGAUUUGAAAGUAGCCUCAUUGGCAGGAACUGAGGGCUUAGGUCUAGUCACUUUAGAACAAGUUGAAAAUUUCAAUGGUACCACCACCUCUGGUAGAACUUUAGUUGCCAGACCAACUCAGUAUGUUCGCGAUUAUACUCAACAACACAAUUUGAAACUGAAAACUUCUAGACAAGUCUUAAACAAAUUGGAUAAGUUAGGGGGCGUUUACCCAGUUAAACUAACUUACUUAUCCCCUUUUUUCACCAAGGAAGACAAUACUGGUAAUGAGGCCAAUAUUAUUCAAGACUUAAAAAGCUUACGUUUGGGUAUGUCUGAAAUUGUCAAUAAUUUCUUGGCUACUACAAAACCAAUACAAAUAUGUAAGUUUAUUCCAUGGAAAUUGAUUUUAAGCUCUGCUAAUCCAACUGGGUCUAAGGGCUUUGAUGCUGUUAAUCCUACUUUACCGGGCUUUGAAGUACCGCUACCACAAUUAAAUAUACCUGGUAUUAAAUUAAAAUCAUUGCUAAAAGAUAGAAGUUGUUUGACUUUACCUGUUGCCAGAGAAUGUUGUACAGUUGCAUUAAGCGAAGAAGAAUCUUGUUUAAUUAGAUUAACUGGUGGUAGCAGAACUUGUCAACCUAGUUGGAUCCAUUCACAGUACCAGUUGGAUACCACCAAUAAUAUUGUACAAGGUGUGUUCCAACUAGCAGAAUUAAGUAAGGAUGAAAGAUUUGGUAUCAAGAUUAGAGAAACUUUGCCAAUGAAAAAGAAAUUAGUAAACAUGGUCAGCUAUGAUGAAAAUAUGAUGGCUUGA